CGGUGCAGGGCUCCUUAAGGUUGGUUUCCGUCUCGCCGCCCUAUGGCCCAGGCGUCCCGCCCUGGUGGUCUUCUGCCUCCACUCGCGAACGUGUCCCCGCUGUGGGGACAACCGGGAAGCGCUGGGGAGAAACGGUGGGAGGGCUGGCGGGCGGGCGCUCUCCCCCGGGAGGUUCGUGACUGGCCCGGGCUGCCAGGGGUUGCCUGGAGCAGCCCCUGCCUGGACCCACAGCCAGGCGGAGCUCCGGGAGGGCAGCGGAGGUGGCCGGCGCGGGCAGAUGCAGGUGAGGACCAUGAGGCUGACGCAGCGGACUGGAGGGGGCAGCCCGCAGCAGGCGGCUCGAUCCCUCCCGCGCUGCAGCGUCUCCGGACGGUGUUGCUGCGGUUGCACCACGAGCGGGAGCAGCUCCUCCAGGCCCGGGAUUGCGCCCACCACCUACAGGCGGUUGUGCGCCUACUGAGGACCCUGAGCCCCGGCAUGCCUGCGCGCAGCCCUGGCCUCUUGCUCCAGUUGUGCCGUGACCUGCAACUGCACCUUUUCCAAAGGGCGGUCCUGCGAACCGGCCUUCGGGACACUCUUGGGCCGCUACUCCUAACGCGUCCCAUAGGACUAGCUGCCCAGUGCCUGGAUGCUGCCAUCGAAAUGCAACUUCGCGUUCUAGGUCGGGAACCCACCAGCCUGGGCUGGACGUGUCAACUUACCGAACUGCAGUUGGCGCUUCCCGUCUACCACAGGCUAUUGGAGAAAGCCUUAAGCCACGUCCCAGGGGCAGCGCGCCCAUUCCCCCGGGCCCGUGUACUCCGCCUCCUGACUGAGGAGCGGGGUUGCCAGAUAUCUGGUCAGCUGGAUGAGGCUCUCAGCGGAUCGAACUUGCAGGGCCAGAUCCGCAGGUGGUGCCAUGAGGAGGGGGAGCUGCUACCUGGGCUGCUGGGCCUAAUCGGGGGCAUGGUGGACUCAGACAGCAGCGAACUGGGGCUUGGAGGAGCUGGAGCCCUGUGGAGCCAAUAUCGGACACUGCUGUGGGCAGUCUGUGCUCAAAAUCUGGACCUAAGUCUGGGACCCUGGAGGGACCCCAGAGCAGUGGCUCAACAGUUAAGUCAGGCACUGGGUCAGGCAUCCCUGCCUCAGGAGUGUGAAAAGGAGCUGGCUUCUUUGUGUUGCAAUCUACGUCAUCAGUCUCUUAUCUGGAGCUGGGACCAAGGUUUCUGCCAGGCUUUGGGAUCAGCCUUUGGGGAUCAAAGCAGCCAUUUCUCACCCUCUAGUACUACUGAACUGUUGCAGCAGCUUUUUCCUCCUCUCUUGGAUGCCCUUCGAGAACCUAGGUCAGAACUGAUCCUCUGUCCACCUCUAGGUCCUAUACAUCUUGCUCUGGGCCUCUGUACCCUACAGACCACCUUGCUCUGGUUCUUGAGCAAAGCUCAACAGUACCUGGCAGUAUGGACCCCAGGUUCCUUCCUAAUCCUGAUCCAAAAGGAUUUACCACCUCUACUGCAUGAGGUGGAAGCUCUGUCCAGCCUGGCCACAGAGGAAAGUUUAGCUCUGGAGGUGGAGCAUCAGCUGAGCCUGGAGAUUCAGAAGCUGUCUAUACAGAUGCAGCUCCUGCCUGAAGAGUCACUAAGUCUCUUUUUUCAAGAAUGUCAUAAACAAGCCACACAUGGCUUCAAACUCUAUAUGCCACGGGGCCGGUACUGGAGGCUUCAUCUCUGUCCGGAACUUCCCAGUGUUCCUAGUGAGUAUGCUGGGAUGGUGGUCCGCACUGUACUGGAGCCUGUGUUGCAAGGAUUACAGGGAUUGCCACCACAAGCCCAGGCCCCUGCCCUCAGCCAGGCACUGACAGCCAUACUGGGUUCUUGGCUUGACCACAUCCUCAUUCAUGGCAUCCGGUUCAGCCUGCAGGGGGCGCUGCAGCUCAGACAAGACUUUGGAGUGGUCAGGGAAUUGCUUGAAGAGGAGCAGUGGGGUCUAUCCCAGGAGCUUCUCCAGACUCUGCUUAUGCUCAGCAUCUUCCAGCAGCUAGAUGGGGCCCUGCUGUGCCUAUUGCAGCAGCCCCUGCCCAAGAAUGGAGUCCACAGGAGGCACUGUUGCUGUAUUUGUAAUGAGGUCCAGACCACGGAAUUGUCCAGCAGCAGCCUCAACAGCCUGGAGAGCUUGGAGCCCACUCUACGGCCUGGAGCACCCCCAGCCCAGACAACUCAGCGGUUAAGCACUCUGGGAGGAGGACCUAGCCCUGAGGCUUACCUGUUGGAAAGUCAGCAGGCCUGGCUUGCCUUGAGACAGCACCAGCACCCCCGUUGGCACCUGCCUUUUCUUUCCUGCCUGGGAACCAAUGUUGAAUCCUAAGGAGCCUAAGACCAGGAGUUCCACGUCCUGGUUGGAAAAACCCAUACAUAUGGAACUGCAUGUUAAAGAAACCUAGAAUUGGGAUUCACAUAAACUACAUAGAGCCUAGAAUUAUAAACUAAGAAUCCACAGUCACCCCAGCAUUUGUAAUCCAGAGUAAAGGGCAAAACCACAGCCUGUAAUCUGAACGUCAGCAUCCUCGGGAGGCUCAGGCCUAGUUCCCCCUCAAUGAAGACAUCUCAAAGUUAGAAGUGGAAGAAGGUCUAUAGGGUUGGAUCUCAGGA